AUGAAAACUCUUUCUAUCAUAAUUAUUUCAUUUAUUUUCUUUUCGGCACUAGUGAGAGCACAAAGUGAGACCGCAGCGAAUCCUGCCGCCGCAGCGAGUCCCGCUACUUCUACUUCCGCACCUGAUCAAAUUUCACAAUGUAUUCAAAAAUAUGGAUGUUCCAACAGUGAUAUUAACUGUGUUGCCUGGUGUGCAGGAGUUCCUAAUCCUUCACAGCAAGAUGUUAACGCGACUAAUGACUGUAUAUCUAAUUGUCCAAAUACCACCACUGCAGGUUAUCAAUCAUGCGUAAGUGGAUGUAUUAAUUCACACUAUAAUCAACCUUCUGCCUUUAGAGCAAGCUCCGGAGCAUCUCCCACGCCAACUGGAUCUGCUACACCGUUAGUUGCAGCUAUUUUAUAA